ACGCAAAUCAAACGCCCCCUUCAAAUUAACGCCACGCCGUCCUCAUCAAUUGCCUCAGUUCCGCUGAAAAAUCGAAAGGGAAAGCCCCCAUCCAUCGCCAUGGCGUCGUCGGCGGAGGAGCUCUCAAAGGAGUUGAGCCUGGGUUCAGUGAGAGAUUCCCUGAUCAGGCAAGAAGACUCCAUCGUCUUCGCCCUCAUCGAGAGGUCCAGAUUCCCCUUCAACCCUAAGGCCUACCGGCGCUCUGAGGAUUGCGGGGGCGUCUCUCCCGCCAAGCUCUUCGUCAGGGAGGCCGAGGCCGCUCACGCCAAGGUUGGAAGGUAUCAGAAUCCCGAAGAGAAUCCCUUCUUCCCUGAUGAUCUACCUUCACCGAUGCUUCCUCCUUAUGACUACCCACAGAUAUUUCAUCCAGCAUCUGCAUCUGUUUGCGUCAACAAGCACAUAUGGGAUAUGUACUUCAAUGAAUUCCUUCCUCUAUUUGCUUGCAAGGGUGACGAUGGUAACUAUGCGGCAACAGUUGCAGCCGACCUUGUCUGCUUGCAGGCACUAUCGAGAAGAAUCCAUUAUGGGAAACAUGUAGCAGAGGUGAAGUUCAGAGAAGCUCCAGAAGCUUAUAGCCCUCUCAUCCGUGCUCGGGAUACCAAUGGCUUGAUGAAAUUAUUGACAUUUGAAAAGGUUGAAGAGAUGGUGAAGAAAAGGGUAGCGAAGAAGGCAAAGGUGUUCGGGCAGAAUGUUCAUUUAGAGGACAAGGCUGACGGUGAUGAAGGAAAAUGUAAGAUUGAUCCUUCACUCGUGUCUCGCCUUUAUGCAGACUGGGUGAUGCCUCUAACCAAGCAUGUUGAAGUUGAAUAUCUUCUUCGUCGUCUUGAUUGAUAUUUGAAAUAGAAUUUUGUGGCUCGGAUGGUUGUUUUGGAGUAGAAAAAGCUAUCUAAGUGACUACCUCGUGUACCAUCGGGUACCUGUUACCGGUAGUAAAAGGGUGGUUUCUUCUGGCUGCAAAACAUAAUCAAUAAUAGAGUUGCCACUGAGAGAAUGUUGUAAUGAACCUCUGAAGGAAUUUGAAAUUAUGAUGUUUUUUUCUUCAAUUUUUUUAGAAAGU